CUAGGAACUGCAGGCGAUGCAGAUUUCCAAACCAUAAUACAGUUCAUGUCGCGAAGCGUGUAGUAAUUCAUGUAAAGGUUGUCAAAUUCACAGCAAUCUGGUAAACAUCCACAACAGGCGCAGUUGAAAUCUAUGGGCAAAUAGUCACUAGCGCAGUACAAUUUACAGCACAAUUUCAGACUCUUUUUGAUUUCCGUAGUCAACACCUGUGAUCUGAGCAACCGACUGCCGUCCAAAUGGGUUUCAAGAAAUGCCUGGAUGCAGCCAAAAUUGUUCAUUGGUGUCAACCAACAGCAACUUGAAAGCAUAGGAAGUUAACACUUACCGUCAGAAACUUAGAAUCUAUCAACAAAAUGUCGCAGAUUUGAUGCGGAAAUAUGCCUGCAUGAGCUCCACUCUCAUACAUUUUGUUGCUGGAAAAGUAGCAGAAUUUCCAUACUACACAUGCUAUGAGAAUCAUCUAAAGCAAUCCCAUUUUAUUUGUUAGUAUGUCUGCGGAUCUGCCCCAGUGCCCUCCAACGGCCCACGUCUCGGUCGGUCUCAAGACUCCCAGAAAUGCUUUCCCGUCUCCUCCCGCGCCGCCAUCACCGCCGCCUCCUCCAAACCGUGCUCCGGGCCGGCGCCGCCCCCGAAGUUGACCUCCACCAGAGGCUGUGCUCUUCGUCUGCAGCGUCGAGUCCAAGCCUGUCGAUAUGGCGGCGGAAGAAGGAGAUGGGCAAGGAGGGCCUCAUGGCGGUGGCGCAGCUCAAGCGGCUCGCGGCGCUGCCCCCGGCGGGGGCCCACCCGCGCCUGGAGCAGUUCAUGCGUUCGCACGUGUCGCGGCUCCUCCGCACCGACCUCCUCGCCGUCCUCGCCGAGCUCCUCCGCCAGGACCAUGUCAUCCUCUCAAUGAAGAUAUAUGGUGUUGUGCGGAAAGAAAUCUGGUACCGCCCUGACAUGUACUUCUAUCGAGACAUGCUAUACAUGCUAGCGAGGAACAAGAAAAUUGAUGACACAAGGCAGGUCUGGGCGGAUCUCAAGUCUGAAGACGUGCUAUUUGAUCAGCACACUUAUGGUGACAUUGUGAGGGCCUUCUGUGACGCUGGUCUGAUUGAUCUAGCGAUGGAAAUCUACGAGGACAUGAGGAGCUCCCCCGACCCCCCUCUAUCGUUGCCAUUCCGUGUUAUCCUGAAAGGGCUGGUUCCGUACCCUGAACUAAGGGAGAAGAUAAAGCAGGAUUUUCUGGAGCUUUUCCCAGAUAUGAUUGUAUAUGAUCCCCCAGAUACCUUAUCUGAUGUAGAUGAGGAAUUCAAGUUUUGAUGAAUAUAUACGCCUUCAUCAGGAUUGAGUACUUCUGAAUUACAUUUAUAUGAUCCAUAAAUGCCGACUGAUGAUGAACUAGUGGUUUUUCCGUGUACUGUAGCCAAACCUCCAUCUUUGUUCUUUUGGUGGGCCAGAUCAGUUGUAAAUGUAGCUGUCUCGAUCUGCCCAGUAACUGGAGGUGCCACCAAUUUCCCCUGGCCUGAAUCACCCUGUUCUUUAGUUUGGUACUGCUGCCGUGUCCUGCCCUGCUCCCGAAAUUUGUGUUCCAUUGAUCCCUGUUAUAUACAAUCAUUUGUGCACUUCAAAGAGAACUGUACCUUUUCAGUC